UCCGGUUCGCGCUUGCUCAGAGGCUGCUUGCUCGGGGCGGAAGAGGCUGCUUCUGGCGAGACUUGCACGGGGGUCUGGGAACCUGGCUCCCGGCCCGGCGGGUGGGCGCGAUGCGGCUAGGCUCCGGGGCCUUCGCCGCCUGCUGCGUAGUGAUCGAGGUGCUGGGGGUCGCCCUCUUCCUUCGGGGAUUCUUCCCGGCCCCCAUUUGUUUCUCUUCCAGGACGGAGAACGAAGCAGAGCCCCCAGCGCCCGAACCCUCGUCUGGAGCCAGUUCCAACUGGACCAAGCUCCCACCACCUCUCUUCAGUAAAAUUGUUAUUGUGCUGAUAGACGGCUUGAGAGAUGAUUUUGUGUUUGGGUCAAAGGGUGUGAAAUUUAUGCCCUACACAACUUACCUUGUGGAAAAAGGACCAUCUCACAGUUUUGUGGCCGAAGCAAAGCCUCCUACAGUUACUAUGCCUCGAAUCAAGGCCUUGAUGACAGGGAGCCUCCCUGGCUUCAUCGAUGUCGUCAGGAACCUCAAUUCUCCCACACUGCUGGAAGACAGCGUGAUCUCACGGGCAAGAGCAGCUGGGAAAAGAAUCGUCUUUUAUGGAGAUGAAACAUGGGUGAAAUUAUUUCCAAAGCAUUUUGUGGAAUAUGAUGGAACAACCUCAUUUUUUGUAUCAGAUUAUACAGAGGUGGAUGAUAAUGUUACAAGGCAUUUGGAUAAAGUAUUAAAAAGGCGGGACUGGGACAUGUUAAUCCUCCACUACCUCGGGCUGGACCACAUCGGCCACAUUUCUGGGCCCAGCAGCCCGCUGAUCGGGCACAAGCUCAGCGAGAUGGACGGCGUCCUGAUGAAGGUCCACACCUCGCUGCUGUCCGAGGAGAGAGAGACUUUGGUACCCAAUCUGCUGGUUCUUUGUGCGGACCACGGCAUGGCUGAAACAGGGGGUCAUGGGGCCUCUUCCCCGGAGGAAGUGAACACCCCUCUGGUCCUAAUCAGCUCUGCAUUUGGAAGGAAACAUGGUGACAUCAGACACCCAAAGCGUGUCCAGCAGACUGACUUAGCUGCAACCCUGUCCAUAGGGCUUGGUCUGCCGAUUCCAGAGAACAGCGUGGGCAGUCUCCUGUUCCCAGUUGUAGAAGGAAAACCAAUGAGAGAACAACUGAGAUUUUUACAUUUAAAUACAGUACAGCUUAGCAAGUUGUUGCAAGAGAAUGUACCAUCUUAUAAGAAAGACCCUGGAUUCGAGCAGUUUAAAGUAUCAGAGAGGCUGCAUGGGAACUGGAUCAGGCUGUACUUGGAGGAGAGCUCCUCAGAAGUCCUUUUCAACCUGGGAAGCAAGCUGCGCAGGCAGUACUUGGAUGCCCUGAGGACCCUGAGCCUGUCCCUGAGCAGACAGAUGGCCCAGUACGAUGUCUACUCCAUGGUGGUGGGGACUGUCGUGGUUCUGGAGGUUCUCACCCUGCUCCUGCUCAGCGUCCCACAAGCGCUGAGCAGCAAGGCUGAGCUGGACGUCCCUCUCUUGUCGCCUGUGUUUUCGCUGCUCUUUUACCUGGUACUCCUGGUUCUCUCGGCCCUGCAUGUCAUCGUGUGCACCUCUGCUGGCAGUCGGUGCUACCUGUGCAGCCUCUCGUGGCCGGCAGCCGGUGGAGUGAUGGUGCUGAUCUCCACGCUGCUCUGUGCAGUCGCAUCUGCUCUCGCCAAGACGCUCGCCCGUGGGAAGCUUCUGAGUCAGACUCCAGCUCAUCCCAUCUCACGGUGGUCGGAGUUAGACCUUCUUAUCUUGUUAGGGACUGUGGGCCACGUCUUGAGUCUGGGUGCGAGCAGCUUCGUCGAAGAGGAGCACCAGACCUGGUACUUCCUUAUUAACACCCUGUGUCUAGCCCUGUGUCAUGAAGUCUACAGGAGCUGCUUUCUGGGGGACGACUGUGGGCCUCAGCACUGCUUACACGCAGAAGAGGAACCUGAAGGGGCCACGCCAGCCCUGCAGGCCAAGAGAGCUGGCUGCAACGUGCUAGAGCUCGACGCGGUGUCCAAGGGCCCCUCUUCUGUGGAGGUGCCCAGAGGCUGUGAGAGGUGGAUGGUGCUGGCAAGCCCGUGGCUGGUACUUACCUGCUGCCGGCUGCUGCGGUCUCUGAACCAGACGGGUGUGCAGUGGGCCCACCGGCCUGACCUGGGGCACUGGCUCACCAGCUCUGAUCAUAAAGCUGAGCUCUCUGUUCUGGCUGCACUUUCCCUCAUCAUGAUUUUUGUGUUGGUUCAGAGGAGGUGCUCCCCUGCAUCAAAAGUGGCCAUGGCGUUUGGCCUGCUGGGCGUCUACUGCUACCGGGCAGCCAUUGGAAAUGUACUGUUCCCAUGGCAACAAGACAACAAAGACAUUUCAAAGGGCAUUACUGAAGCUCGUUUUGUUUAUGUCUUUGUCCUUGGCAUUCUGUUCACGGGCACCAAAGACUUGCUUAAAUCUCAAGUCAUCACCACGGACUCUGCAGCCAGGACCCUGGGCCUCUGGGAGGUGUACAGCGGCUUGGUGCUUCUGGCAGCGCUGCUCUUCCGACCACACAACCUCCCCGUCCUAGUGCUGAGCCUCCUGGUCCAGGCCAUCCUGACCACAUUCAUCUGGAGGCCCCUGAGGCACGACGCAGCUGAGAUCACCGUGAUGCAUUAUUGGUUUGGUCAGGCAUUCUUCUAUUUUCAGGGAAACUCAAACAGCAUCACCACCGUGGACAUCUCGGCAGGCUUUGUGGGCCUGGACACCUACAUGGAGAUCCCAGCGGUGUUCUUGACAGCAUUUGCGACGUACGCGGGGCCCGUGCUGUGGGCCAGCCACUUGGUGAACUUCCUGAGCUCAGAAACCAACAGCAGUUCAGCACUGAGUCAUGCUUGCUUCUGCUACGCAUUGGUUUGUUCUUUUCCAGUUUCCGCAUAUAUCAUUUUGGUGACAUCUCUGCGUUACCAUUUAUUUAUAUGGAGUGUGUUUUCUCCAAAACUUCUCUAUGAGGGAAUGCACCUGCUCGUCACAGCUGCUGUCUGUGUGUUCUUCACAGCCAUGGACCGGACCAACACAAAGUCUUAGACUACACUACUGAGGCACUGGAAAAAUAAUUUAAUUUUAAAGUCUACUGUUUAUUUCAUGGAUUGGCAUAAUAAAAAAAUCUUAUUUAAAUGCAAGAUCAUUCUAAAAAAAAGAUGUAAAUUCUACCAUGUUGAUGAAUAGUUUCAAUUUCUGUGAUGACUGUACUUGAAUUUAGAUUAAAUAGUAAGUGGUUUAAUAAAAAGUCACUUAGUUUGGAUACGAGUUAUAUUCCCCUGCUGACAAUCACUCCAGAAACUUCUAAACUUUUAAUUUUCUCAGGGUAGGUUAUGAUAUGACCCAAAUAUAUGUGUUUAAAUAGAAGAAGACAUUUCCAGGUUUGUCAUGGUGCGUGUGAACUUCAGAGAGCCCGGGGGCUCUGUUGGCAGGAGGAUGUCCUUCUGCCAAGGUUCACCUCGCAGAGCUCGGGGAGCCUUUUAAUACCCUGGAAGCCACUGGGGUCCCCAGGAGCUUCGGUUUAUGUGAUUACUUCUGUCAGCAUUGAUGGCAUUUAAAAUUAAAACUAAUUCUAUGUACAUAUAAAAUACAUAUUCAUUUGAAAUAUACAUUCAUUUGAAAAUAAAGAUAUAAACCCAUUGCGUGUUAAUAUAACAUUUUUAAGGGAAAAAAACCUUAUAUUUUCCAAAACAAAAGUAUGUAGCUGGGAGGGUGGCAUUGUUUUACAUUUUUGCAAAUCUGAUGUCUGGCUUAACUGAAGACUGUUGGAUUCUGCAUUCAGUCCGUUGUGAUGCGUGGGUGUGGUUAAAGUAGUCACAGAUACGCAGUUGCUUUAAUGUCCUUUUCUGAUCAUUGUGGAUGUUCUUUUUUUUUGACACUGCACUAAAAUUCAACAGGUGAUGGUUUCUUCCAAGUUAGCUGGCAAAGAAAGAAACAAGUGCUUGUGAACAGAUGAGACCUGCCGGGUCCACGCCUGCUACCAGACUGGCACCAGCCUCUUUCGCCAGUUUUGACAAGUGCUGUGGCAAUACUAUCACUAGGGGAAGCUGGGUGCAUGGUAUAUGGAGCUGUAAUAUUUUUGCAACAUCUUGUGAGAUUUAAACUUUUCAGAAUAAAAGUUAUUUUACAAAAGAAAA